CAAAAGCCAAAAUUAAAACUCACGGAUCUGUUUCUCUCUACCUUUCCCUCACAUUUCUCUCAACCUCUCCUUCUUUUCCUAACCCUAGCCGCACACAACACAACACUCACUACUCUCAUCUCAUCUCAUCAUUCCUCUCCAUCUUCAUCACCUUUGGCAGACAAUGUCAUCACCUUUGGCCUCUUCAUCAUCUCCCCAGUGUGUUGCUUCUAAUAAUUCAUUAGCUAUGGAUGAAUCUGCAGAAGAGGUUCAAGGCUCUCAAGCUCAGGCAGCAGGGAUUGAAAGCUCUCAAUCUCAGACUGGUGGUGAUAAUGAUCUUCCACCUUUACCUCCCUUGAAAAAGAGAAAACCAACUAGGAAGCCAAGUGAAGUGUGGAAUCACUUCGAAAAAUUUGACACUGGUAAUUCUUCUGAACCAAUUAGAGUUAGAUGCAAAUAUUGUAAAACUGCUGAUUACAAGUAUGAUCCG